AUGGCUUCCGACACCGCUUCUCGUUCGAGUUCCGCGGCCGAUUCCUACAUUGGGUGCUUGAUUAGUUUGACGUCCAAAAGUGAGAUCAGAUACGAGGGCGUUCUCUACAACAUCAACACCGAUGAAUCCAGUAUUGGCCUAAAAAAUGUGCGCUCUUUUGGAACUGAAGGAAGGAAAAAGGACGGUCCACAAAUUCUGCCAGGUGACAAGGUCUAUGAGUAUAUACUCUUCCGCGGGACGGACAUCAAGGAUUUACAGGUGAAAUCUUCUCCACCUGUCCAGCCUACUGCACCAACAAAUACCGACCCAGCUAUUAUUCAGUCUCAGUAUCCCCGCUUAACCACACCUUCUACAAGUUUACCAGCUGCAAGUGGAUCUUUGACUGAUGCUAGUCCUCAUACAACACAGCUUGGACACCCAGGGUCAAAUUUUCAAGGGCCUUUGUAUCAACCUGGAGGAAAUGUAGUAUCAUGGGGAGCUUCUUCGCCUUCUCCAAAUGUAAAUGGUGGCGGGCUUGCUAUGCCAAUGUAUUGGCAAGGAUAUUAUGGUGCCCCAAAUGGGCUUCCUCAGUUACAUCAGCAAACUUUGCUACGACCUCCUGGCUUAUCCAUGCCUUCAUCUAUGCAGCAACCAAUGCCUUCAUCUUUGCAGCAGCCAAUGCAUUCAUCUAUGCAGCAGCCUAUGCCUUCAUCUUUGCAGCAGCACAUGCCUUCAUCUUUGCAGCAGCACAUGCCUUCAUCGUUGCAGCAGCCAUUGCCUUCAUCGAUGCAGCAGCCAUUGCAGUAUCCCAAUUUUAGCCCCUCUUUACCAACUGGGCCUUCCAAUUUUCCAGAAUUUCCUUCAGCUUUCCUCCCUGUGGGUACUAGUUCCCCUAAUAUAACAUCUACUUCUGCACCUCCAUCAAAUCUUCCGACAACAGUUUCACCUCCAGCACCUUUGGCCACACUAGCUCCUGAAACUUUUCAAGUAUCAGUUCCAAACAAGGCACAGUCUGUGUCCCUUCCUGCAGUCACAUUAGGUGCUAACUUGUCUUCACUAGCUUCUUUUACCAAUGGUGGUUCCGAUAUGAGUGCUUCUGUACCAAUGGCCAAUAAACCUAAUGCAAUUUCAGCUCCAAGUUUGUCAUACCAAACUGUACCCCAGCAGAUGGCUCCUUCAAUUGUUGGCUCUUCGAGUUCUAUCCGCACAGAACCACCCGUCCCUUCUCUGGUAACCCCAGCUCAAUUAUUGCAGUCUGGGCAAUCUGUAGUAGCUUCAUCUAAGCCUUCACAAACAGCACACAAGGAUGUUGAAGUGGUUCCGGUAUCAUCAACUUCACCUACAGAGCCACCUGUGUCUGUCGCUGCUGAAUCCCAGCCACCCAUACUUCCAUUGCCAGUGACUUCACGCCCAACUCACAGGCCCGGGGGAGCUUCUAGCCAAACUCCUCAUGGCUAUGGUUACAGAGGACGUGGAAGAGGAAGAGGAAUCCAGGGUUUCCGCCCAGCUGAAAGAUUCACUGAGGACUUUGACUUCACAGCAAUGAAUGAGAAGUUCAAAAAGGAUGAAGUAUGGGGUCACCUGGGUAAAAGUAACAAGAAAGAUGGGGAAGAAAAUGCUAGUGAUGAAGACGGCGGUCAAUAUGAAGACGAUGGUGAUGUAUCAAACUUGGAGGUUAAGCCUGUUUACAACAAGGAUGAUUUCUUUGACUCUCUCUCCUGCAACUCACUCAACAAUGAUCCACAAAAUGGAAGGAUUAGAUAUUCAGACCAAAUCAAGAUGGAUACCGAGACAUUUGGUGAUUUUACGAGGCAUCGUGGUGGCUGGGGUGGCCGUGGUCCAUGGCGCGGUGGUGGCGGCGGACGUGCUCGAGGUGGUGGUUUUUAUGGAAGAGGAUAUGGCUAUGGCGGUGGAAGAGGAAGAGGUGGACGUGGCAUGCCUGGCGGUCGUUUUUAG